CCAUUAAAGAAAAUCCAGAUAUACGUACCGUGACACCGAUUAUCAAUCUAUUCUAUAAUGAUUUCUGGGGUCUACCAAUGGAUAAUGAAAAAUCACAUAAAUCAUAUCGACCAUUAUGUGUGCUUACAUUUCGUUUCAAUUAUUGGCUACAUCAACUACGGCCAUAUGGAUAUCAUUUGAUCAACAUUAUAUUGCAUAUAAUCGUUUCGUUGCAAUAUUUUCGAUUUUGUCAACUUUUCAUGUCCACAAAAUCAUCAUUUUUAGCAGCCAUAUUGUUUUCAGUACAUCCCAUACAUACGGAAGCUGUGACCAGUUUAGUUGGUCGUGCUGAAUGUCUUUGUGCAAUAUUUUUUUUAGCUACAAUUUUUUCCUAUCACCGUUUAUUGAUGGCUAUUGAUUCGAAUAACAAAUGGAUAUGGCUAAUGGCAUCGAUUACAUCAAUCACGGUAUCUACAUUUAGUAAAGAACAAGGUAUCACAUCGAUUGCCAUCUGUAUGGUCAUUGAAAUAUUCUUCAAUCAAAAACUACAACGUCUAGCCUCUAAAUUGUCAUUAAAAGUCUAUUACAACAACAACAACAAUGAUUACAAACAGACAAAAUCAUUGAAAAGAAUAUCAUCGCUGUCGGUAUUGUCAUGUCCCAAAUGGAUUAAGGAAAUGAUCACAAGAAUAACCAUCAUCAUAGUAUGGACCAUUCUCCUGUUGACCAUUCGUUUUUGGUUAAUGCGUUGGCAAUUACCCAUUUUUACCAAGUUUGAUAAUCCAGCCGUCAAUGCACCGAAUCGAUUAAGCCGUCAAUUGACACAACAUUAUCUAUAUGCAUUCAAUAUUUGGCUUUUGCUCAAUCCAUGGACAUUAUGCUGUGAUUGGACGAUGGGAUCGAUACAAUUGAUUGAAUCAUUUAAUGAUCAUCGUAAUAUUGUUACAUUGAUUUUUUAUUCAUUUUUCUUUUUGUUAAUAUACAAAUCAUUUGGUGUAAAUGAUGGCUGUCGAAUCAUAAUGGUCAGUCUGUCGCUAAUGAUAUUUCCAUUUAUACCAGCAUCGAAUAUAUUUUUUCCUGUUGGUUUUGUUGUUGCCGAACGUGUAUUGUAUAUACCAAGUUUUGGAUAUUGUAUGCUUAUCGCACAUGGUUUUGGAAUGUUAUCGUAUCAUUUUGAUCAAGAACAAAAAUUUAUAGAAAAAUAUGUUAUUCAUAUCGUUUUCAUCAUAUUGAUCAUUGUACAUUCAUCACGAACCAUUAUGAGAAAUGAAGAUUGGAAAAAUGAACAUAACAUAUUUGCAUCGGGUAUUCGUGUAAAUUCAAAUAAUGCAAAAUUAUUGAACAAUUUAGGCCAUGUUUAUGAGAUUGAAAAACAAUAUUAUAAAGCUCUUGAUCUAUUCCUUGAAGCCGUACACCGUCAACCGGAUGAUAUUGGUGCCUAUAGUAAUGUAGCACGUGUUUAUAAUCACAUCGGACGUAUUGAUCUAUCGGAACAAUAUUAUUCAAAAGCAAAAACGAUAUUAAUGUCGGAAUUACGACAGACUUCCAUUAAUGAUCAACAACAACGUUUUGCUCGUAUAGCACCAGUUCAUUUAAAUAUUUUUCUCAAUUUAGCCAAUUUAAUUUCACGUAAUCAAUCACGAUUACAAGAAGCUGAUGAUCUUUAUCGUCAAGUGAUACGAAUGCGUCCCGAUUAUGUUGAAGCAUAUAUUAAUCGUGGUGAUAUCCUUUUACGAAUGAAUCGUACGAAUGAAGCGAACAAUAUUUAUCGUACGGCAUUAAAUUAUGAUCAUAAUAAUGCCGAUAUCUAUUAUAAUCUUGGUGUUGUAGCCAUACAUUCGAAUCGUUUUGAUAUGGCUAUUGAUUAUUUUCAGAAAGCAAUCGAAAUAAAUUCAAAACAUUUGCAAGCAUUAUUCAAUUUUGCCAUUGUCGUACAAGAUGCCAAACGUUUUGAAUUGUUUGAUCAGGCAUGGAAACGAUUAAAAAUGUUAACAAAAUAUGAUGAAAAUAAUGAAAGAAUUUAUUUCAAUAUGGCCAUGAUUUCAAUGGCCAAUAAAAACUAUACCGAUGCUGAACAAUUAUUUCGUCAAACAUUACAAUUGAAACCAAAUUUUUCAAGUGCCAAUUUUAAUCUUGCAUUAUUAUUAACCGAAAACCAUAGACCAAUCGACGCAUUACCAUAUUUACAACGAUUACUCAAACAACAGCCUGAACAUUUUAAAGGAUUAACUUUACUUUGCGAUAUUCUAAUCAAUAAUGUCAAAGAUUUUGAUCAAGCUAGUCAUUGUUAUAAACAAAUAUUGAAAUUGGAUCCGAAAAAUAUCCAAGCCAAACAUAAUCUUUGUGUUGUUUUCAUUGAAAAAGAUCAAUUGGAUCUGGCCGAAGAUUGUCUGAAUGAAGCACGACAAAUAGCACCAAAUCAAGAUUAUAUUGAUCGCCAUCUAAAAAUAGUUCGUUUACGAAUAAUUAAAAAAAGAAAUAUAAAUCAUAACAAUUAAUCGAAAUUGAUUAAUUGAUUAAUUUCGAAGAUUGUUGGAAUUUUGAAUGAAUGGAAAAAAAUUCCAAUUACAAGCUCUGUCCUCGUUUUGGCAGAUCAUUGUUUGUGAUAUUGGUUUUAUCGAAAACCAAACAUAUCAACAAUCCAACGAUUAUUGGCACCGGAAAAAAAAUCUGGAACAAGAGAAGCGAUUUCGUUUGAUUUUUCUCUUUCUCUCUCUCUCUCUUAGUUUAACACAUUUCCUGACGAAACAAUUAAUGUAAUCGAUGAUGCAUGAUGAUUUCAAUGAACAAUUUCGAAUAUGGCAAAGAAUAAAACGAUGAUGAUGAUGAUGAUGAUGAUGAUGAUAGUUUCCGAGUUUUAGUUUUGAAUGUCAUUUCAUUGUUGAACGAAAAUUAAGAAAAAAUAAAUAUUUUUUUUCUAUUGUCAA